AUGGAGACUCAGAGGGCCAGCCUCGCCCUUGGGCGGUGGCCACUGUGGCUACUGCUGCUGGGACUAGUGGUGCCCUCGGCCAGCUCCCAGGCCCUCAGCUACAGGGAAGCUGUGUUUUGUGCUUUGGAUCAGCUCAACGAGCGGUCCUUAGAAGCUAAUCUCUACCGCCUCCUGGAGCUGGACACGCCUCCCAAGGCCGACGAGAACCUGGACACCCCAAAGCCUGUGAGCUUCACGGUGAAGGAGACCGUGUGCCCCAGGACGACCCAGCAGCCCCCGGAACAGUGUGACUUCAAGGAGAAUGGGCUGGUGAAAGAGUGUGUGGGGACAGUCAUGCUGGCUCAGGUCAGGGACAACUUUGAUAUCACUUGCACUGUGCCCCAGAGUGUCCGGGGACUGCGAAACCUGGGUAGGAAGAUACUAAGAGGUUGGAAGAAGUAUGGCCCAAUUAUCGUCCCAAUAAUCAGAUUAAUUGUGUGA